AGACCAGGAAUCAAUGCUUGGCUACCUUAGCUCCAGGACCUUGUAAGACCCCUUCCAUAAAGUGACAUUUAGACCUUAUAAAAGAUCCAUCGUGACCCCCGCCUACCUCCAGUGCUGUGCCAAUUGUUUCUGGACAAUGAUGUUGCUGAAUUUUGUACUAGUGGCCAGCCUGCUGGUUGGAGCUUUAGGUCAAAGGGAUUAUCUGGAUGAACCUCUGCGAGCACCACCACCAAGGAGACCAGCGCCAGCUAGAAUAGACCCUGACUAUUCCGGACCCGCGGCUCCUAGACCCACGCCUGUUCCUAUUUUAAAACAAAUCAACAGGCACAACGAAGAUGGUUCGUACACCUACGGUUACGAAAGUGCCGAUGGGUCGUUCAAAAUUGAGACCAAACUACCAACAGGGGAAGUGAAGGGUAAAUAUGGUUUUAUCGAUGACGUAGGCAAAGUGAGGGUUGUGGAAUACGGUGCGACCAAAUAUGGUUUUGAACCGUCCGGUGAAGGUAUAACUGUAGCUCCGCCAACUUUGGUCGACGACACCACACACAAGGAUGGUACCUUGAAAGCGGAAUAUGCCGACGAUCUCUACGAACCUGCCGCACCAGCCCCUAAGAGCAAAUACCAAAACUAUCCUCAAAACUUCCCAUCAAGAAAUGUUGCGCCGCAAUCAUUCCAGCCGGCGCCACCAAGGCCAAAGCCACAGCAAUAUGCACCAUUGCCACCCCCACCACCAGCCCCACAAAGAAAUUUCGGGCCCGCGCCUCCUCGACCCAACAUUCCAGGAGCAUCUCUUGCCCUUGAUUUUGGAGGACCCGCACGAGCAUCUCCUGCACCCGCUAGACCUCAGGCACCUCGUCAAUCAUUCCAACCGGAAGCAGUCCCAAUAGAAGAGGACAAUUACGAGCAAGAUCUUCCGGUACCACCAAGGCCAAAAGUCACAUACGCACGACCAGCACCCCCACCACCAAGACCCCAACAGCCUUCCUUCCAGCCUGAUUCCGACUUUGGACCACCACCACAGCGACCUGCGCACAGACCAGCAGCAGUUACAAGGCAAAUAGGAAGCGGACCCGGAAUUUUGGAUCAGCUGGCCAAGGACUAUGCACUUCCGGCCAACGGAGGAGCUCCCCUUCAUGAUAUCAGCUUCGGUUACUACUAGUACUGGUGUUGUAAGUGGGGGAACAAUUAUGAAAAUGUAGUAAAUAAUUUGCGUUACAUGAGAGAAAGUCAACCUUGUGGUGCCCUUGAUGUGAGUUGUUUCCAUUGUCAGACUUUAUAUCACAUAUGUAGGUAAAGUUCUAAACUACCUUUUCGAUGUAUUCGCGUGAUAAAAUGAGUAUUGGUAAAAUCAAAUUUUCUUUCGCUGAAAAAAUUCUCCUAUUCUUUUAUUUCUUCAUGGGGAAGUAUUUUUAUUUUUCUUCCGAUUGAGCAACUCUCUUUCUUGCUUCUAUCCAGUUUCAUUACCACUUCUACUUCACUAUUAGUUUCUUUUGAUUAGGUGCUGAUGCUUCUUUAAAUUUGUUUUUAUUGUAUUUUAUUUAACUGUUUGUCUUUCAAUAUGUUUAACUAUCUUAAGAAUUUCUGAUGUAUAAUCGGGUCCGUGUACAUGGGUAGUCAUACUUAUGGUAUUUUUAUUUAUGUAUUUUAAUAUUGUGUAAUACCUUUCCCGUUCGCAGACUGUUACGUUUUAUAUGUAAGUACGUAUAGCAUUGAUUGUAUGCUGGCGUGUGCCCGUGUAUUUUACUAUUACAUAGGCGUCAAUAUGUUGUAGAGCUGUUUUAAUAAAGAAAAAAAUUAUAAAAUACCUACUCGA